AUUAAAUUUUCAUAGCUUAGUCGAUAGUUAGAUUUUCUGCCACGCGCAAAAUAUUUUUUGUCAGAUAGUCCAAACUGCGUUCUUCGCCGGCUACGUAUAACAGUACUUUAUUAUCACGCGGAGCCUACAUACUUAAUUUUAGUAGAAUUACAAAAUGUUUUGCAUAAUUACGACCAUUGUGGCUCUCCUGUACAUUUUGUGGGAUGUAAACUACUUCCUUAGAAUAGCCUUCACCAUCGGCAUUGGCCGACUGUUCCAAAAGAAGUGUGGAAUCAAUGACACGACAACGAUUUAUGGCUUCUGUACAACGCAAGACGUGGACAUUUUCCUGCGUCACAUGAACAAUGCGCGUUAUGUGCGCGAGCUGGAUUUCGCGCGGUUUCACUUUUACGACCGCACUGGUAUCUACGCUAACAUCAAGCAGGUUGACGGACACGCACUUCAGGGCGCCUCCAGCAUCAGAUACAGGAGGACUAUACCUAUAUUCACUGCUUACAAGGUUGAGACUAAGCUAGUGUAUUGGGAGGACAAAACGCUCUUCAUAGAGCAGAAGUUCAUCACGCUGAACGACGGCUUCGUCCGCGCCGUGGUGCUCUCCAGACAGAACCUCAUCAACGUGGACGCGGCUACGCUCUUCAAGGGCAUCCCUGGCGCUGAACAGAAACCUGAAUGUCCAGAAGAAAUCAACCACUGGCUGCAAGCUAUCGAGAUAUCUAGCGCUAAACUUAGAAAGAAGGAUUGAUUUUUUUAACUGGGGCUCUAAUUCGUAAAAGUAUUUAUUUUUCUACAAAUAAAGAAUGGUUGCGGUUGCCA